GAUGACAAGAAAAGCAAGCUGGCGCGGCAGGACACCAUGCAUCAUUGCAUGCUCCCUCUCUUGCUGGAGGAGCCGAGGCCCAGGGGACUCCUCGGCUCAGGAUUUCCGGUUCCGAAAUCGUGGAAUCACCCUGCAAAGCUGGUGCAGGGUCCCAAACGUUGUGCGUUCUGCAAGCCGUGCAGUAGUUUCGCCAAGGAGGCGACUUGGCCGUUCCUGCUGCAGGCUGCAGAAAAGUGUCCAUUCGACAGAGCUUCUUGCGGGGAAGGAAAUUGCAGCUCUGUACGAAAAAGCGUGAGCUGCAAUGGCGCAGAAAGGCGUGUCUUGGGUGCUGCUCUGCAGUACCAUUGGAGUCCUGCUUGGUUGCCUUGCUGGCUCGGGCGCUGCCCAAGGUCCCGCGGCCGCCCCAAAUGCCAAUGCGCCUGCGGCAGCUCAGGCUCCAGUUGCUGGCACGCAGAUUACCCUGGCUGUACCCCCCCUGUCACAGAUCUGUCCCGACUCUUUGAACGUGACCAUUGCGGGUCCCACCAUCGUCGACAGUCCGACCCCCUUCACGGCCGUGCCUGGUUCGUGGCAGCCUCUCAAUGGCGGGGAGACUCUGUCGGUUGGCGGGAACGGAUCGUACAUUGCCGUCGGGGGCCGUACAAAGCCGUCCGACGGAGUUUCGAUCAAUGUCUCCGGGAUGCAGAUUGGCACGCUGUACAAGCUUGGCGCAUACGUCAAAAUUGUGGGCUCAACUAAGGAGAAGAUCCGGAUGAGGUUCAACUACAACGACAUUGAUUUCAAGUGUGCGGCGAUGGUUUCCGUGGUUUACUCCGACUGCUACACGCUCGUCCUGGGAGGCAUGACCGGACCCUCUUACAACGGGCCUCUGACCGACGUCAAGGUGGAGAUCACCGGGAAUGCCCUGCCAGGAAACCAGACGACAAACACGACGUCGCCCCCUUACGAGAUUGACAUUUACAGCAUUGCGGUUGUGGGAGUGAACCGGUCGAGCUGGUUGGCCGAUGUUCGGCAGAGGACAGACUAUGUGCGAAAGCGCGACGUCGUCAUCACAGUCGUGGAUGCCGCCGGUAACCCUGUUCCUAACGCAACCUUGGCUAUCAACCAGACCCAGCAAACGUUCCCCUUCGGAGACGAUCUCCAAGACGUUGCCUACACCAACGCGCAAUACCGCGAAUGGUUUGCCGGCAAGUGGGGAAACGGCUACUCCUGGACCGCUUAUGCGGAUGCGCUCAAGUGGUACUCUAUGCAGCCAAGCCAGGACAAUCUGACGUACACCAAACUCGUCGCCCUCCAAGAAUACGCCAACAACAACUCCAUCUCCGUCCGUGGUCACACCGUGUUCUGGGAUGACGUCGGCACGCUGCAGCCGUGGCUGACGUCAAUCACCGACCCGGUGCAGCUCUUCAGCUACAUGACGGCCCGCGCGAAUGACGUCGUCACGCCGUUCAAGAACUCGAUCAAACAAUGGGACCCUGCCAACGAGAUCAUUCACAAGCGCUACUUCAACGAGAAGCUCGGGUUCGACGUGCGUCCGUGGUACUUCAACGUGACCAAGUCCCUGGACCCGACAGCUGUCACGUUCCUGAGCGAUUACAACAUGGUCGAGGCGUGUGACGACAGCACGGUGUGGCCAGAGGCAGCCAUGGACUUCGUGACGUAUCUGCGGCAACAGGGAGGCCCAGUCAGUGCCUUUGCCGCUCAAGGCCAGUUCACACAGAUCCAACCCUACGUCUUCCGCUACGGACUGGACAAGCUUGGACAGUUCGGCAUCCCCAUCUGGAUGACUGAGAUCAACCUCAGGUUGACAGUGGAACCCUACUCAGAGCAACUGCAAAGGGAUUCAUUGGAGCUGAUCUGGAGAGAAGCGUUCGCCCACCCGGCUGUCAAGGGAAUGUUGCUGUCCCAAACCUGGAACGGCGAGGACGACUGGGAACAGAAUAACGGCACGUGUUCCGGAAAUAAGUGCCUAUACAACCUGGACUUCUCCCCCCGCCUCGCGGGCCAGCUGUGGGAGGACCUGUAUUACCGUGAGUGGAGGACGCAAAACGUGACGGGAACUACCGACGCCAACGGCCAGUUUGGAUUCCGUGGGUACGCCGGCGAAUACAGCAUCGUGGUGAACGGUUCCGGAAACGCCACCUACCGGUACCAAAGCUCGUCAGAGUUCAUCGUCCAACCCGUCAAUACCACCACCGACCCGAGCAACUAUCUAUUCAAGCUGACGACCCCUUACGUCACCUUGCUCAACGGCUCCGUCGCCGCCAACGGCACCGGGCCGGCAUCCAACGUCACCGACGUAUUCACACCCACGCCAUUUUACAAUAUCAGCUCCACGCUCCAAGCCACCACUCCCUAUAUCAACAUCGCCCAGGGGUCCGACAACAUCGCCGGAAACUUGGCCCAUGUCGAGAAGCCCCCGACUGGUAAUGCGUCCAACUUUAGGAUCGUGCCCGGCUCGGCUCAGCAAAUGGUGCAGGUCGUGGCGCCCCUCGUCGCGAUCGGGGGACCCGUCCCGGUUAGCACGGUUAACCCGCCGACGCUCCCGCCUAACGCGAUCGGUCCCAUCCCCAACGGCGCGAGCGCGCCGAGCCCCGGUCAGAGCGCCGCUCAGGGCGCAGCGGCCCCGUCACCGGCUUAAGUUAUGACGUGGCGAUAUGACGUGGCUAGUCGGUCACGUGGACUACUUGCCACAGGAACGAAGGUUUUGAUAAGCCACGAGAAACAAGGUUUCGUCAUGCGGCGCGCGAGAGAUUGUAGGCAUGUGAAGGUUUGAGCUGUAAAGCGCGGCUUUGUAGAAGGUGGUUUUAUUGUGAACUAAGAGAGGUUUGAGGCAAUGCGUGCAAGCGUUUUGAUAGCUACAGUAGUCAUGCUAAGUUCGUUCAGGACGACUGAUUCAGGACUGAAGUCACCUCAUGGGCCGCCGCGCGCAUACAGGACCUCACGCUUCGCUAAUAGGAAGGUAAAACCAGUUGAAGCUACACGCUCGGCCUGGCACGAGCCAUGUACAUGGAGAUUCUCGAACCGUCCCCAAUAACAUGCACGGUCAAUGUUGAAUUGUCUUCUGCAUGGUCAGUCUGAUGGAAUCAAGCAUACUCUUUGUAUUAACCUGCUUAAUUGUGCCUCGCGAG